AUGAAUGCACCAAGACAGAUCUAUCUAUCUAUCUAUCUAUCUAUCUAUCUAUCUAUCUAUCUAUCUAUCUAUCUUUUGACCAUGAAAAAAUUAUUAACUUUCAACUUAAGGAAACUUCACAUUGCCGGAAUACGAGAAAUCGAAAAACUAAUUAUAGAAAGAAGCGGCCAGAUCCAGCUAUGGCAGUUCCUUUUGGAACUUCUCACAGACAAUGGCAAUGCAAGUUGCAUCACGUGGGAAGGUACCAAUGGCGAGUUCAAACUGGUGGACCCGGACGAAGUGGCUCGACGCUGGGGAGAACGUAAAAGCAAACCGAAUAUGAAUUAUGAUAAACUGAGUCGAGCUCUGCGCUACUAUUACGACAAGAACAUCAUGACCAAAGUGCAUGGCAAGCGAUACGCCUACAAGUUCGAUUUCGCCGGCCUCGCCCAGGCCAUGCAGCCGUCUGGUUCGGAUCCAGGUUAUAAGUUCCCUCAACAAGACAUGCUGUUUUCAACUUACCCAUCACCUAAGCUUAAUCUGAUGACAGCACAUGCGCCAAUUACCUCUUCCACAUCCGGUUUGUUCGCCACAACGACUCAGUACUGGUCUUCGACGAACAGCGGCCUAUUCCCUAAUCUUUCGGGCCACGUGAUGUCUCAUCAUGCUGGACAUAUCUCUCCGCAUGCUCUAUAUUGUGAGUUUCGACUCAUCCCACCACUUCCCAAACCCGAACCCAGCCCAUCCAUACUAACAACUUCGUUUUAUGUUUUCUUGUGUGGGUGUGUGUGGCAGAUCUCCAAUCCCCCAUCGUUGCCAAGUGUCCGGUUUGCACAUGAUGACCUCCACGUCCCAACCGACCUCCACUAA